AUGCGCACUCAACCAACGAGAUGUAAGUGGAAGCCUCCACCAUCAGGUACGUUCAAGAUUAAUUUCGAUGGAGCGAACUUCCCAACGGAAAAGAAAUCUGGUAUAGGAGUGGUUAUUAGAGAUAGCAGAGGUCUUGUUAUUGCCUCAUGUUCGAAGGUGGUGCACCAGAUGUUAGGCGCUUCUGAGGUAGAAGCUAUGGCUGCGACAUGGGCUCUUUCCUUUGCAGCUGAAGUAGGGGUGAACCGGGCUGUGUUAGAGGGAGAUUCAUUGGAUGUUAUUGCGGGUUUAAGGGAGGAUAGGAUGGUUUUGGUGCCAUACGAAUUACUGUUGGAGGAAGCAAGGUUUUUGUCCCAACAAUUUGAUGAGUUGCGUUACUCUCAUACAAAGAGGGAAGGCAACAGGUUAGCACAUAGUCUGGCUAGAUAUGCAGUUGGCAUAUCAGAUUUUCUAGUUUGGAUGGAGGAUGUUCCUCCUCAAUUUUAUUCUGUAUUCCAAACCGAUUUAUCGGGUUUUUCUUAA